AUGAUGCGCGCCCAUGACCUCCUCGAGAAGGAGAGACACCUCAUCCAUUCGAUCCGCCGUGCUCCACACCGAUCUGCGAACCCCUUUCUUAUCAACGAGCGUCAGGGCGAGAAGCAGCUCUGUAUUUCUUCCAAGAGCCUACGAGUGGACGAUUUUCACUUGGUGAAGACUUUGGGCACGGGGACUUUUGCUCGAGUAUGGCUCGCGCGCCUGAAAGAUGAGAAGGACCAGAACAAAGUCUAUGCGCUCAAGAUCUUGCGCAAAGGUGAUGUGAUCAAACUGAAACAGGUUGAGCAUGUACGCAACGAACGCAAGACCCUUGCGACGGUUGUGGGGCACCCUUUCAUCACGAACCUUGUCGCAUCCUUUUCAGACGAGCAACAUCUCUACAUGUUGCUCGACUACUGUGCCGGAGGUGAGAUUUUUACCUACCUGCGCCGAGCGAAGAGCUUCGACGAGGAGACUUCAAAAUUUUACGCCGCAGAGAUCACUAUGACCAUUGAAUUUCUUCACGAUUGCCAUGGAGUGGCGUACCGUGACUUGAAGCCGGAGAACAUCCUUAUCGAUGCGGACGGGCACAUCCAGCUGGUGGACUUCGGCUUUGCGAAAACGGUUGACAAUCGCGAGACAUACACCUUGUGCGGCACACCCGAAUACCUGGCUCCUGAAGUCAUUCACAAUAGUGGACACGGCCUUGCGGUUGAUUGGUGGGCGCUCGGGAUCUUGAUCUACGAGUUCCUUGUUGGACAGCCCCCAUUCUGGGAUCAAAAUCCAUUGCAUAUCUACGAGCAAAUUGUUGAUGGACAUAUCAAGUUCCCGAAGGACAUGUCACCCGCCGCGCAGAACAUCAUCUCUUGCCUCUGUAAGACCAAUCCUUCGGAGAGAUUGGGCCAUAUCUCGGGCGGCUCAACUCGAGUCAAAUCUCAUCCGUUUUUUGAAGGGGUCGCCUGGGACGAUCUGUUCUAUCGUCGCGUCAAAGGUCCGAUCAUCCCCCGGCUGUCUCAUCCAGCAGACACGAGUAACUUUGAGGAAUAUCCGGACUCGGAUAUCCGCAAUCAGAAUCUCUACACCGAUGAUCUGAAGAAGAAGUAUGAGCCGCUUUUCAGUGAUUUCUGA